UAUAGGAGAAAUAUGCGGACAUAUUGAACCAUAAAGUACGGACGUCAAAUAAAACAAACCGCAUAAAAUUAUAUAGUUGUUAUAGAUAUUCAGCUUCACAUUAUGCGAGGGUACCAGCCACUGGUUGCAGAGUAGGAAGUGGUGAGUGCUGAGGAGAAUGGCGACGCGGCUGGUGCACGCGGUGGCCGCCAUCCUCACCAUGAUCCUGCUGUUCCUGCGGCAGCGCUGCGCCGUGGAGGCCAGCGCCAGCCGGGAGGCCAGCAAGCGCAGGGUGUCGGCGUGGUCGUGCGGCGAGUGGUCGCGCGCGGCGCUGGCGCUGUUCUCCGCGGAGUGCGUGGCGUGCGCGCGGACCGCCGCGAGCUGCUACCAGGGCUGCUGGCUGCCCAAGUACAAGCGCGACCCGGAGAUCAUGCUCGACGACGAGAACCUCGGCCAGCAUCCGAGCGUCCAGGCCGAAUAACUGUCCCCAUAGUGGGCCCCAAGACAUUAUUUAGCAUACUUCAUAAAUACUAUUAUAAUACUUACACGAUGUCGUCUUGUACUAAAAUGUUAAUAAAAAGCGCAAUAUCUCCAAACA